AUGGAGUCUCUCCUGCUGCCCGUGCUGCUGCUGUUGGCCGUACUGUGGACACAGGCAGCCGCCCUCAUUAACCUCAAGUACUCGGUAGAAGAGGAACAGCGCGCCGGGACGGUAAUCGCCAACGUGGCCAAGGACGCUCGUGAGGCGGGUUUCGCUCUGGAUCCACGGCAGGCCUCUGCCUUUCGUGUGGUGUCCAACUCAGCUCCGCACCUGGUGGAUAUUAACCCCAGUUCGGGCCUGCUUGUCACCAAGCAGAAGAUCGACCGCGACCUGCUGUGCCGCCAGAGCCCCAAGUGCAUCAUAUCGCUUGAGGUCAUGUCCAGCUCAAUGGAGAUAUGUGUGAUUAAGGUGGAGAUCAAGGAUCUGAACGACAAUGCGCCCAGCUUUCCGGCGGCACAAAUUGAGCUGGAGAUCUCAGAGGCAGCUAGUCCGGGCACGCGCAUCCCGCUGGACAGCGCCUAUGACCCGGACUCCGGCAGCUUUGGCGUUCAGACGUAUGAGCUCACGCCUAAUGAGCUGUUUGGCCUGGAGAUCAAGACGCGUGGCGAUGGCUCACGAUUUGCGGAACUUGUAGUGGAGAAGAGUCUGGAUCGAGAGACGCAGUCGCACUACAGCUUUCACAUCACUGCGCUCGACGGCGGCGACCCACCGCACCUGGGCACUGUUGGCCUCAGCAUCAAGGUGACCGAUUCCAAUGACAACAACCCGGUGUUUGGCGAGUCCACCUAUGCAGUGAGCGUGCCAGAGAACUCACCUCCCAGUACACCGGUCAUCCGUCUCAAUGCCAGCGACCCAGACGAAGGCACCAAUGGACAGGUGGUCUACUCCUUCUACGGCUAUGUCAAUGACCGCACGCGCGAGCUUUUCCAGAUCGAUCCGCACAGUGGCCUGGUCACAGUCACUGGUGCCCUAGACUAUGAAGAGGGCCACGUGUACGAACUGGACGUGCAGGCCAAGGACUUAGGACCCAACUCCAUCCCGGCACACUGCAAGGUGACCGUCAGCGUUCUGGACACCAAUGACAACCCACCGGUCAUCAACCUGCUGUCAGUUAACAGCGAGCUGGUGGAGGUGAGCGAGAGUGCCCCUCCAGGCUACGUGAUUGCGCUGGUGCGGGUGUCUGAUCGGGACUCUGGCCUCAAUGGCCGCGUGCAGUGCCGUUUGCUGGGCAACGUGCCCUUUCGGCUUCAGGAGUAUGAGAGCUUCUCUACUAUCCUGGUGGACGGACGGCUGGACCGUGAGCAGCAUGACCAGUACAACCUCACGAUCCAGGCGCGUGACAGCGGUGUGCCCAUGCUGCAGAGUGCUAAGUCCUUUACAGUUCGAAUAACUGACGAGAAUGACAACCACCCGCACUUCUCCAAGCCCUACUACCAGGUCAUUGUGCAGGAGAACAACACGCCCGGCGCCUACCUGCUUUCUGUGUCUGCCCGAGACCCUGACCUGGGUCUCAAUGGCAGUGUCUCCUACCAGAUCGUGCCAUCGCAGGUGCGGGACAUGCCUGUCUUCACCUAUGUCUCUAUCAACCCCAACUCCGGUGACAUCUAUGCGCUUCGAUCCUUCAACCACGAGCAGACCAAGACAUUCGAAUUCAAGGUGCUGGCCAAGGAUGGCGGCCUGCCCUCGCUGCAGAGCAACGCCACCGUUCGGGUCAUCAUCCUGGACGUCAAUGAUAAUACUCCGGUCAUCACGGCCCCACCCCUGAUCAAUGGCACUGCAGAGGUCUACAUCCCCCGCAACUCUGGCAUAGGCUACCUGGUGACGGUCGUCAAAGCAGACGACUACGAUGAGGGCGAGAAUGGCCGGGUCACCUACGACAUGACCGAGGGCGACCGUGGCUUCUUUGAAAUAGAUCAGGUCAAUGGAGAAGUCAGAACCACUCGCACCUUUAGUGAGAGCUCAAAGGCUUCUUAUGAGCUUAUUGUGGUGGCCCACGACCAUGGCAAGACGUCUCUCUCCGCCUCUGCACUCCUAUUAAUCUACCUGUCCCCUGCUCUUGAUGCCCAAGAGUCAAUGGGCUCGGUGAACUUGUCCCUCAUUUUCAUUAUCGCCCUGGGCUCCAUUGCGGGCAUCCUCUUUGUCACUAUGAUCUUCGUGGCGAUCAAGUGCAAGCGAGACAACAAAGAGAUCCGGACCUACAACUGCAGUAAUUGUUUAACCAUCACUUGUCUCCUCAGCCGUUUUAUAAAAGGACAAAACAGCAAGUGUCUGCAUUGCAUCUCGGUUUCUCCCAUUAGCAAGGAGCAAGACAGAAAGGCAGAGGAGAAAGUGAGCCUGAGGGGAGAGAGAAUCGCUGAGUACUCCUAUGGGCAUCAAAAGAAAUCAAGCAAGAAGAAAAAAAUCAGUAAGAAUGACAUUCGUCUGGUACCCAGGGAUGUGGAGGAGACAGACAAAAUGAAUGUUGUCAGUUGCUCCUCCCUGACCUCUUCCCUCAACUAUUUCGACUACCACCAGCAGACACUGCCCCUGGGCUGCCGCCGCUCUGAGAGUACUUUCCUGAAUGUGGAAAACCAGAAUACCCGCAAUACCAGCACCAACCACAUCUAUCAUCACUCUUUCAACAGCCAAGGUCCCCAGCAGCCAGACUUGAUCAUCAAUGGUGUGCCUCUGCCUGAGACUGAAAACUAUUCCUUUGACUCCAACUAUGUGAACAGCCGAGCCCAUUUAAUCAAAAGCAGCUCCACCUUCAAGGACUUAGAGGGCAACAGUCUGAAGGAUAGUGGUCAUGAAGAGAGCGACCAGACUGACAGUGAACAUGAUGUCCAGCGGAGCCUAUACUGUGAUACUGCUGUCAAUGAUGUGCUGAACACCAGUGUGACGUCCAUGGGAUCUCAGAUGCUUGACCAUGAUCAGAAUGAAGGAUUUCAUUGCAGGGAAGAAUGCAGGAUUCUUGGCCACUCUGACAGGUGCUGGAUGCCCCGGAACCCCAUGCCCACCAGGUCCAAGUCCCCUGAGCAUGUGAGGAAUGUCAUAGCUCUGUCCAUUGAAGCUACUGCUGCUGAUGUUGAGGCUUAUGAUGACUGUGGCCCCACCAAGCGGACUUUUGCAACCUUUGGAAAAGAUGUCAGUGACCACCCAGCUGAGGAGAGGCCCACCCUGAAAGGCAGAAGAACUGUUGAUGUGACCAUCUGCAGCCCCAAGGUCAACGGCGCUAUUCGGGAGGCGGGCAAUGGUUGUGAGGCUAUUAGCCCUGUCACCUCCCCCCUACACCUCAAGAGCCCUCUGCCCACCAAGCCCUCCAUGUCUUACACCCUGACGCCCCCGGGCCGUGAUCUGGAGCAGUAUGUCAACAAUGGCCCUUCUCGUCCCUCUGAAGCUGAGCCCCGUGGAGCCGACAGCGAGAAAGUCAUCCAUGAGGUCAACCCCACUCUGAAGGAGGGUCGCGACAAAGAAUCUCCUGGUAUGAAGCGUCUGAAGGAUAUCAUUCUCUAA